AUACAUGUUUCUUUAAACAUAACAGACUUAGAAACGAACACGGAGCAGAUAAUGCGCAGAAGACUUCAACACGCAGCCGCAAAAGGCGCGGGACACGUUUCGAAUGCUGUUAAAAAGCAAAUAUCUCAAUCCGAAGGAAGAAAGCUACAGACGCUCCAGAAUGCCUGGAAUGCUGGCAACCUCGGGACGACAAAAGAAGCCAAAGAAGCGGCAACACAGACGAACUCUGCGAGAAGGGAGCUGGGAAGUUGGAGAGCCGAUAACUCAGGCAGGUGGAGGUGGGGUCAGUCGAACAAUGCUGUCUUCGGCUCCAGCAUUGUGCUCCAGGAUUUAUGGAGCUGGAAUCGAUUGGUUCAGUCCCGUCCAAUCCGGAGGAACAGGACAAAUCGCCUCUCUUUGUCUGAUCUAACAGUUCCUGGCCGUUUGGGUAACAGGCCGGAGGAGCCUUCUUUCAGGGGGUUAUACCUCGACCGUGAGGGAUAUUGGGCUGUCCCUUAG